AUGGCACCUGUGGAGACGUCCGAAAGUGACGGGGAAGGCCAAGUCCAACCAGGUCUCUUGGACUACAUCAGUGAACCGAUCGGCAAGGUUCUCAACAUCGGACUUAAGCCAGUAGGACAUGUCGUCGGAGCGAUCGGAGACCCAAACGGCCAGGCCUUGCUGGAUUUGCAGAAACAAGUCAAGAAAGAGGUGGCAUACACAGAUGAAGACAAUGGCAAACCGGACCCGGAGAAGCCGGGCGGCGAGCGCAUAGGCGGCAAGCAGCAGCCGGGACAGAAUCCACUUAGGCUCUGA